CGUCAAGUCAACAACAGCAGCAGACAGACGAUGAUGAGUGGUGGACGAGCGGCGUCACGAGCGGCAGUGUUGCUGAGUCGGGUGGCGAGGGCAGGGGCGCGGACGCGGCUGGUAGGUCGUCAGCUGAGGAGCACAAGGUUGCUGGCAGCAAUGCCGGCUUCUGCAGCGCACCCCUCCCUCCUCCAACGCAGGACAACAACACCCUGCACAAGUGUCUUGCGUGCCAUUCGCCUCUCUUCCACACUGACAACACCCGAGUAUCACAAGCUGGCGGACGCGUGGUUGGAUGCCAUGCACGACACAUUCGAGGACUUGAUUGACGGUGCCACGGGCUCAGAGAACUACGACGUCUCGCUAUCGAAUGGUGUGCUGACGCUGGCGCUGGACGAGCAUGGCACUUAUGUCAUCAACAAGCAGACCCCCAACAAACAGAUUUGGUUCUCCUCUCCCACCACGUGA